AUGUGCAGAGUGUCUCCACACAAUAUGUCUUAUCAGGCGAUAAGUAGGGCAGUGGAAGAAAGGGAGGAUCAGAGAAGUCUAGAUCAAACAGCCUUUUACACAAUGCAAAAGUUUAACCCCUUAGCUUGUAGGAGGAGUUUCAAUUUUGUUCUGGUAAGAUGCAGGACCCCUGACCUCCGUCUGGACAGUGCUCCUUAGCCCUGUGCUGAUCACAUGCACUCUCAGGAAAAAAAAAAACCUCUAGCAAUACACACCAAACUGAGCAUGUGCAGAGUGACUCCACACGAUAUGUCUUAUCAGGAGAUAAGAGGGGGACAGUGGAAGAAGGGGAGGAUCAGAGAAGUCAGGUUCAAACAGCCUUUUUACACAAUGCAGAGGCUUAACCCCUUUGGUUCCACAGUGAGUAUAGCAAGCAUACUUUACUGCAUAUACAGACUG